AUUUGUUCGCGCAAAGACUCCCGGGAACUGUGGGACGCCAUCUAAAGUUAUCAUCAGAGAGCAAAAAUUGUGACAUUAUGGCGGAAUUUUCAGCGGCAUUCAAGGACAUUGCAUAUUUAUAGAUGUGAAGAGGUGUAAAUCUGUGUUAUAGCUACAUAUAACUUUCUUCCAAAAGUUAUAUUAAUUAAAGGUGAACAGACAAGUUUUGGUGGAGUCGAAGCGCAGUAGUGAAUUUCCGUUCAACAGCAGGGGUGGGAAGAGGAUUUAGGACGGGGACCAGCCGAUUUCCUAGGUGUAAACAAACCACAAACGAGUGAGUAAGGAUUUCCUCAUACGGAGGACAUAUAUAAGAUAGAGGCAGCUUCUGAAUUGCUAUAAUGAGUGCCCCUGCAGUAAAGCCAGCUCUUCCCACAGCAGGAGCACAGGCCCCAAAGGUUGGACCUAGUGCUCCUCCUGUCACAACAAAUAAUCCUACUCCUGCAGGAGGACCUAAAGUUUUGCCUGCAACAGGUAGCCAGAACAGACCAAUUGCACCACAAAGUGCUAAUCAUGCUACAAGUGGUGCCAUGCCACUUAGCUUAGUUCAGGAACACAAAACGGGUGGUGGCAUUAAUCAGCAGCCACCACCAGUUCCUCGAACUCCAGAGAAGACCAAGGAACAUCCAGUGACAUCAUUGGGAGUUAAACCCACAUCAAAUGGUGUUGAAGGAUCACCUAACAGAUCGACUGCAAUUUCCCAACCUGCAAUGGAUACCAAGAAACUGGAUGAAGGAGCUGCUGCUGCACCUGUAUUGAAUCACUCUUCUGAUAUUACACCGGUUGCUGUCACACCCCCCCAGACACAGGGGUUAGCAACAGGGCAGCCAGUACAACAUAAUCCACUUGUGGCUGGUGCACAGCCAAGCCCAACCAAACCACAGUCUACUGCAUUAUCAGCAGGUGCAGCAAAUCAUUCAACACUUCUCAGUGUUAGCAACAAACUGGAGGUAAUGGGAGUUGAAGGGAAGCUGUCAGGACCAUCACAGUCAGUUGAACCUCCCACUCUGCCAGCACCUCUUGGGUCCACAGCUGUUACUCCAGCACCUUCUUCUACCCAGCAUCAGCAGUCUCAGCUUCAGCAACCAGCCCCUCCACAACUACAACCACCGCCGCCACCACCACCGCCACUGCAGCAGCAGCCUCUUCCAGCACCACCUCACCAGCAGCAGCAAUCAUCACCGUCGGCACCACAGCAAACAUCACCACAGCAACAGCAUGUGCAGCCAUCAGCACCACCUCAGCAACAAGUACCUCUGCCACCAACUCAACAGGAACACUUUAAGCCAGCAUCGGGUUUACCAGAUAACACUAAACCCAGAACAGAGGCACCGAAACCUGAGUUCAAGGUGGCUACGCCACCAAGAAAUAGCAAGAGGAAAAGAGAAACUAAGCCACCAGCAGAAGUAGCAAAGACACUGGCUUCAGAACAGGAUGAUCGCAAAUCUAAGCGUGUCCGCACCCAAACUCAGCCUUAUCAGAGCCCACUGCCAGAGUUGACAUAUAUCGCGAAACUAAAGACACUAAUGAAGUCCCCUGAUGACAAACUAAUAGUUUUUUACAAGAAUGAAUUUCUUGCGGUUCGCAAUGCAGAAGGCAGCUUUUACAUUUGUCAGGCAAUGCAGAAUAUCUACAAAAGCAGUCCUCGUAUUCGGAUACGAUGGUUGUCUCAAGAAAAGAAAGACAACAGAGCAACUGAUGUGUAUAUUCCAGAUUUCUACGAUGCCACAGACUUUGACUGCAUCCUUACCAAUCUGGAAUUAAAGAGGUUGGAUAAGAACAAGUAUCAUCUUCCAGAAGAAGAACGAGAAAGGACACAGAGUAUCCUUAAACGGGCACUUGAUGUGGAGAAGGGUGUCUCAGAGAAUCCUCCUGUAACAGAAGAGCAUCCAGAUGGCUUGGACCUGUCCCUCUUCCGUGACGAGUCUCAGUUGAAGGUGAGAAAAAGUUUGAAGCGAACUGCAAAAAUGCAGGGAAAAGAAAAUACAUCAGGUGCAGAGGAUGGCUAUGAGGGCUUGACUGGUGAUGAGUCAGAAGAGGAAGUUAAAGAGAUGAAACCAAAACAGAACAAAAAAGUGAAGAAACCUAAGGUUUCUGUGAAAGAGAAAGUAAAGAUGAAAGAAAAACCAACUGAGAAGAGGGCAGAACGUGCCUCUGAACGGGGACGUGAGCGAGGGCUAUCAGCAAAGAGGAGAAGUGAAACAACAGCUUCUGUUGCUCCUGCUUCUGCAGUAGCUGUCAAGAAUGCUGCUAUGAAACAAACUGUGGCAAAACAUGCUCUCAUGAGACAGUCUGCAGCCAAAGCCCCAGAGAAAAAACCUAAAGUUGUUACUAAGCCCACAAAGAAACAUGAACCUGUAGUGGAAAGCAGUAUUCCCACAAGGUCUACAAGGACAAGAAGUGUAAAACUGACUUCAAAGCCGAAGAGCUCACCUGUGACGAGGACCAAGGAACGUAAACGUAGAGGAGCUAUCUCCACAAAGGGGAGGAAGAAACCAGGAAAGAAAGCCUAAAUUGACAAGGCAUGCAAGUGUGGAAACAAUUAAAUGAACAGUUCUGUUUUCGCAGAGGUGUCAAUGUGGCAGGAAGCAGCAUAUCUUCUCUGCCUUCACAUUGCAAAGGGAACAGUUUUUUGUCUGCUACCGUUUGUACCUGUUUGCUACACCAACAAGCAGGAAUUUUAUACUACACUAGAAAAGAAAAAAGUGUAUGAUGGAACCUGGAGAACUUUAAGCACGCCCUUUUUUAUUCAAAAUAUGUGCUGAACCCGUUACUGAUGGCUAACGAAUGUUGUAUUGUGGAUCGUUUGGACAAAAAAGUUACUUAGUGAAAAUCUGA